AUGCAUACGGCUAUUUCCCAGGUUCACUCACCUGCCAUUAAGUCACUGAUUAGUUAUGUGGUACAGUUCCAAAUUCUGAAGUCAAUGUGCCCUGCUGGAACAGUACUGAGCGAAGGAUGUAUUCUCUCUGAAGUCACCACAGAGAAGCUUCGUGAGGUUAUGAAGAAGGGAUCGUCUAUCACUUGGUUACAAGCACUGGAACAGCUCACUGGAUCCAAGCAGCUUGAUGCUUCACCUCUACUAGGAGUACUACGAGCCACUGGCUAA